CAACACGGCCGCUAUAUGUCAAUGCCGGUGUUUGUUAUUGCCAAACAUGCCGGAACGCUUUUUUGCCCAAAAGGUAGUGUAUCGAUUUUGUAACAGGAAUCCGUUAUUUCCUUGCUUGCUCUAACUCUAAGGCGCCCUAACAAUCGGUGCAGCGGCGAGAACGAGCGGCGUAAACAUAAACACCAUCCUGAACCCUUUCCCAGAGGCUGGCCGCGUGCACGUGUGUAAUUUUGUAGCCGCCUGCGCUACAGAAGAGCAACGAAACGAACGAGAACCAAUACUGCCAAAUAAAAGCGAUACCUGUUUCGCAAGCACUACAGGAUGAUAUGUAAUGCCACAUUAGCAACGAAACAAGCUCUGUAAUGACAAGAGCCAAAGGCCCUCAGAAUGGAAGAAAGUUUAUCUAAUGCUGUUAGGGAUGAACCCGCCAUCCGGCAGGAAACGACAACGAUGGAGACAGACUGUCCAAAAGAUGAGCAGUGCCCGAUAGUACCCGAGCCGGACAAGCUCCCGACCGUGCCGGAAGUGGCGCAAAGUCAAUCCACACCCGAAGCCCCACCGGAAGCCGACCGAAGCGACGAACCGGACAAACCGAACGGCACCCUCUCCAAGCGGCAGCGCAAAAAGCUGCUCAAGCUAGAGAAUUGGGAGCAGCGGAAAAAGGAAAAGCGCCAGAAGGAGAAGGAAAAGAUGAAGGCGAAGCGGCAGGAAGCAAUCCAGCAGGGGCUGCCGGUGCGCACCGGUCCGAGCCGGAAGGAGCUGAAGCGGCGAAAGGUGAGCUACGGCGAGGCGACGAUCGAGGUCGCUGUCGACCUGAGCUUCGACCAGCUGAUGAUCGACAAGGAUGUGGCCAAGUGCGUGAAGCAGCUGCUGCGCAUGUACACGCUCAACCGGCGCUCGGUUCGCCCGGUGCCGCUGCAUUUCGUCGGGAUCGAACCGGGCGGUGCGGUCGAGCGGCAUCUCGCCCGCAACGAUGGCUACCGGCACUGGGACGUGCGGUUCAGCAGCGAGCACUUUAUGCAGCUGUUCAAGCCGUCCCGCGUCGUCUACCUGACCAGCGAGUCGGAGCACGUGCUCGAGCGGCUCGAGCAGGGCUGCGUGUACGUGAUCGGCGGGCUGGUCGAUCACAACCAGCACAAGGGCCACUGCUACCAGCUGGCGCAGCAGCACGGCAUCCGGCACGCCCGGUUGCCGCUCGCCGAGCAUCUGGUGAUCAAGACGCGCACCAUCCUCACGAUCAACCAGGUGUUCGAGAUACUGCUGAACGUGCACAUGGGCAAGGAGUGGCAGCAGACGCUGCUGGAGGUGCUGCCGGCCCGCAAGGGCGUCACGCCGAAGACGGUGCCGGUGGCCACGCAGGAUGGUGCGAACGCGCCGGAGAGUGGCAAUGCGGAGGACUGCCAGGCAACCGCCGAGCAGAGCGGUUGAACAGUUUUGUCGGUUGAAUUGUACAGAAUCAGUUUUUUACUUCUUCGUUUUUUUAUAGUCUUUAUAGUGGCAGGAUUAUAAACAAACGUGUCCUUCUCUGACGUUGCAGUAAA